AGCGCCGCUCGCGCGCGCGGGGCGGGAGGAGAUGGCGCUGCUGCCCGGGCGGUUCCUGGCCAUGACCGCGCACCUGGGAAUGCUAAUGAGGCUGGGCGGGGACCCCCCCAAAAGUGAAUCAGGAGAGCUGGAGCCCGGGUUUUGGGGGGCCCUCGGGGGGUCCCUGGCGCUGCUCGGGGUGGAGUUUUUGGGGUUCUUCUCGGGGGUCUCCAUGUUCCACUCGGGCCAGAGCCUGGGCUCUUUGGGCGCCCACCUGGGGGCGCUGUUGGGGCUCAGCCUGGGCUGGAUCGAGGCCUGGGACGGCCCCGCCCUGUGGGGGGCGCUGGCGCUCAGUGUCCCCCCGGCCGUGACGGAGCUGCUGCUGCUGGGCCGGGUCCUGCUGUGCCACAGGGGGGCGCUGUGAGCCCCCCAAAAAAACCCCCCAAAAAUCAAAUUUGGGGGUCCCCAAAAACCCCAAAAAAUCAUCCUUAAAAUUCAACCUGGGGAUCCCCCAAAAAUACCCACAAAACCCCUCAAAAAUCAGCCUAGGGGUCCCCAAAAACACCCCCAAAAAUCAAACUGGGGAUCCCCAAAAUACCCAAAACACCCCCAAAAAUCAAAUUUGGGGGUCCCCAAAACCCCCCCAAAAAAUCAACCUGGGACCCCCAAAAAUCAAAUUGGGGGUCCCCAAAACACCCCCAAAAAUUAAACUGGGGGUCCCCAAAAUCUUCCCCAAAAAUAACCCAAAAAUCACCCCCAAAAAGCACGCAGGGGUGCCCAAAACCCCCAAAAUUCAGUCUGGGGCUCCCCAAAAACCCCUCAGGGCUCCCCAAAAUCCUCUCGGGAUCCCCCAAAUCCCCCUGGGGGUCCCCAAAAUCGCUUCAGGAACCCCCAAAACCCCUCAGGAACCCCCAAAAUCCCCUCAGGCCUCCCAACCCCCUCCCUCUGUCCAAUAAACCCCGAAUUUUUACCGCCAAACCCCCCCGUAAUGGCGUCCUUAUGCAAAUGACGCGCGCGGUGCACCCUGGGAGCAAAACCGCGCGGAAUUUCCCUGUGUAAAACAGCGAAGAGAUAAAAUUUCGGGGUAAAAACGACAAAUUCGGUUCGGGAAGGUUCGAGGGUGUCCUUCCGGUGUCACGGUGGCGGUGUCGCGGUGUCGCCGUGAUUUCGGUGGCGCUGUCGUGGGUUAACGUCGCGGCCGCCGCCAUUUUCCUGUAUCGUCAGUGCGGUACAUCCUGACCUGCCCCGCCUUGCGGGCAGCACGUGAUGAGCGCGUGCGCGAUGACGUGUCUCGCUACGUGAUUACGUCACGCGUGGGCGGUGCCGGGUGUCGCAACAAAGCCCGCGCCGCCCCUCCCGAUCUCUGACUGCGCCUGCGCGGAGGCCAGGGCGGGAUGGAACCGCACUGGGGGGUCACGUGGCAGGGGGCGGGGAAAACGUGAUUGCCAAAUAUGGUGAUCGCCUUACGUAAUGGGAUUACGUAAUGGUGUUGCGUAAUUUAACCGUUAACGGAACUGGUUUAUAUUGGUUUAUACUGGUUUUAACUGGUUUUUGGUUAUUUUUACUCCGGUGAUUCCAUGUUGGUGUUCUCCCAGUGCUCCCAGUAAGGAACCAAUAAAAACCAGUAACACCAGUAAGGGCA